CGGCCAAUCAGCGGCGCGGGGGGCGCGUCCCGCCGCGGGGUCAGGCCGGGAGCGAAGGCGCCCGUCGCUCCCUGUUCCUCCCGCUCCGCUCGCGGCCGAGCCUCCUCACCGCGGGAUCCAUCCGCCUGCGCGCAGCGGCCGGCGGGGUGUGCGCGCCGCUCCGUGCCCCUCCGCCCGGGAGGGAUUAUUUCCCGCGGUCGCGGCGGCGGGGCGGCCCCGGCGGGGCCGCGGGAUGGAGGCACCGGGCGCCCGCCGGAGGGACGGAGGAGCCGCCCCGUGAGGGAGGAACGGGAGCGCAGCGGCCUCCUCGGGGCCGCCGGCGGGCGGGGACCCCGCGGCCAGGCCGCGCCUCAGCGCUCGGGCCUGCGCCGCCCUCAGCGGGGCCCGGCCCGGCCCUGCCCGCCCGGGGCUGCCCCAGGCCGGGUGUGCGAGCCCCGGCCGGGGCGUGCUCGGCGCGGGGCACCAUGGUGGAGAAGCGGUGCCCGCGGCUGCAGCGGGACGGCGUGUACCGCUGGUUCUCCGAGCUGCCCUCCCCGCAGCGCGUGGAGUUCCUGUGCGGCCUCCUGGACCUGUGCAUCCCGCUGGAGCUGCGCUUCCUGGGCGCCUGCCUGGAGGACCUGGCCCGCAAGGAUUAUCACUCCCUGCGCGACUCCGAGAUCAAGGCCAACAACCCCGCCGACCUGGGCAGCCUCACCAACCUGACGGACGAGGUGGUGCGCAGCAAACUCCUGGUGUCCCUCGCCCUGCUCGGCUCUGCCCACCGGGAGGCCGCCGGGGUCCUGUUCCGCACCCUCACCCACAUCGACUCGGUCAUCAACAACUACGGGCUGCAGCUCAACGAGGGCCGCACGGGGGAUGAGUUCCUGUUGCUCUUCACCAUGGCAUCCAACCACCCGGCGUUCAGCUUCCACCAGAAGCAGGUGCUGAGGCAGGAGCUCACCCAGAUCCAGAGUCUCAUGGCCAGCACCAGCAAGAAUCCCAGCACCUCUACCCUCAACACCAUGGCAACCUAUCCUGGCUGCCAUAAGGUCACUCCGAGGUCGGAGACCCCCAUCAACAGUGUCAGUAACAGUUUGGAAAAUGUGCUCCACACGUCCACACAUUCCAUGGAGGAGUCAUUGCCCAAGAGGCCUUCGGGGAAACACUCCAAAGUGAGUGUUGAAAAAGUGGAAUUAAAGGGGCUGGCACACAAGAAGAAUGAAAGAAAUGUUGAGUAUUCCUUUGAGGUCCUGUGGUCUGAUUCUUCGGUGACGUUGGUAACCAAAUCUUCUGCUGAAGUGACUGAAUUUAUAUCAAAGCUGUCUCAGCUAUAUCCAGAAGAAAACUUGGAGAAAUUCAUUCCCUGCUUAGCUGGUCCAGAUUCAUUUUACCUGGAACGGAACCACAUGGACCUGGAAUCAGACCUGAGGUACCUGGCCCCGUUCCCCUCCCAUGUGGUGAAAAACGACCACGUCAGGAAGUUCUUCAGCACUUCAUCUCCCUCACAGCAACUUCAGAGCUCAAAUCCUGGCAACCCCUCCUUGUAUAAAGUAGGAACUACGCUGGGGACAUCUGGAAGACCUAUCUGUGGGGUGGCUGGAAUUCAGUCUUCCCAGAACCACGUCCAGCACUCGGCUGCUGCCCCCGUGUCUCUGCCCCACUGCUCCCACUCCGGAGGCGCCGGCUCCUCGCUGGGCUACCGCUCGCAGAUGGAAGCCUCCUCCCCUGCCAUGCUGAUGUCUUCCAGCCCUCAGACCCCUCAGACACAGGAGCAGAACGGGAUCCUGGACUGGCUCAGGAAGCUGCGCUUGCACAAGUAUUACCCUGUCUUCAAACAGCUCACCAUGGAAAAGUUUCUGAGUCUUACUGAGGAAGAUCUGAAUAAGUUUGAGUCCCUCACCAUGGGAGCAAAGAAGAAGCUCAAGACCCAACUAGAGCUGGAGAAGGAGAAAUCAGAGAAACGGUGCCUCAACCCCUCCACCCCCUCCUCAGUGACCAGCAGUGGGGUGGCCAGGGUGCCCCCCACCUCCCACGUGGGGCCCAUCCAGGGCAUCCGGGGCAACCACGCCGCAGAGCUGCGAGUGGACGUGGACCAGCCAGCCCACGCCCUGCCCCGGGAGGGCAGCUCCUCCGAGUACUCCAGCUCCAGCUCCAGCCCCAUGGGGAUCCAGGCACGGGAGGAGAGCUCGGACAGCGCCGAGGAGAACGAGAGACGCCUGGAGCUCCACCUGGACGCCUCGGACAAGGAGAAGCCGGUGAUGCUGCUGAACCAUUUCCCCUCGAGCUCCGCCAGGCCCACGGCGCAGGUGCUGCCCGUGCAGAACGACGCCGGCUCGGGCCCCGCCGGCCACCACGCGCUGCCCAUGCAGAUGCUGUCCCCGAGCCCGUCCCACAUGGCCCCCAUCCGCAUGCUGGGCUCCGUGCACAAACCCGAGCGCGGCUCCGCGGACAUGAAGCUGCUCUCGUCCUCUGUGCACUCCCUCUUGUCUCUGGAGGAAAGGAAUAAAGUGUCUCCCGGCUCGAGGGGCAGCAUCAAGAUGGAAAAGGGCUUUGGGAACGCCGUGGUGGAUGUCAUGUCGGCGUCCUCUCCGCACCAGCCCUUGCAGGUGCUGUCGGGGGGCGCCGAGAGCAGCUCCCCCACGUCCACCAUGAACUUUGGGCCUCGCACCAAAGUCGUCCACGCUUCCACUCUGGACAGAGUGAUCAAACCAGCCCAGCAGCCAGGACUCAUAGUGGAGACGAGCACUGCUGCCACGGUGACGUCCAGCACAGUCUUCCACGUGGCUCGUCCGCCCAUCAAACUCCUGGUGUCGUCGUCUCUCCCCACCGACUCCGCCAUGGCCGGACAGACUUCCUGCUCCAGUAAUAUGCAAAUAACGGUGUCCCCUGCAAUAAUCAACCCCCGGACUGCUCUGUACACAGCCAACACCAAAGUUGCCUUUUCUGCCAUGAGCAGCGUGCCCGUGGCGCCCAUGCAGGGCAGCUUCUGCGCCAACAGCAACGCGGCCUCCUCCAGCAGCCACCCGUCCCCGUCCUUCACCACCAUGGCCAACCUGCCCAGCUGCCCCGCGCCCAGCUCCAGCCCCACGCUCUCCUCCGGCGCCGACAACAACUUCUACAGCAGCAGCAGCAGCAGCAGUAGCAGCAGCAGCAGCAGCGGCUCGGCCGGGAGCGUCCCCGUCCCCAACCAGAACCAUCACCACCACCACCACCAGCAGCCGCCGCCGCAGCCCCCCGGCUGCAUGGUGUGCAGCUCCUGCGGCUGCAGCGGCAACUGCGGCUCCAGCGGCAUGACCGUCAGCUACGCCAACUAUUUCCAGCACCCCUUUUCAGGACCUUCCAUGUUUACUUUCCCUUUCCUGCCCUUCAACCCCCUGUGUAGCAACGGCUACAUCAACACGCAGCAGUACAACAGCAGCACCACGUUCCCCGUGGUGCACACGGCCUACAACAGCGGCCUGGCCCCCGACUCGGUCAUGGCUGGGCAGUCCACCUUCGCCGUGCCCCCCAUGCAGAACUUUAUGGCGGGCACGGCCGGGGUGUACCAGGCACAGGGAAUGAUGGGCAACGGCAACGGCUCGGGGCACAAAAAGAACGGGAACCUCUCGUGUUACAACUGCGGGGCCAGCGGGCACAGAGCUCAGGACUGCAAACAGCCGCCCAUGGAUUUCAACCGGCAAGGUACGUUCAGGCUGAAGUACGCCCCUCCCUCCGAAAGCCUGGACUCCACAGACUGAGGUUCCCCACCGGGCCCCACGAUGCUGUAAAGCCAUGGAGAGCGACGGAGAUCGAACCACAAAACUGACACGUCCAGUUGCUGUUAAGCUUAAUGUAUUUUUUAAUCCAAAGGUGCUUUACUUUAUUAGACUAGGUAGAAAAUCUAGCUUAGGGGUGCAGCCAACCCAGUUUUGAUUGCCAAAUUCAAGCUUUGUUGUUGGAACUCCUGGCUCCGUGUCCUCAGACCGAUGGAUGGAUGGAGGAGCUGCCAGCUGCAGUUCCUGCUGGAAGUACAACACCCCCUGAACUGUUUUGGCUGGAGAAUGUUGCCACAAUUGGACUUUUUCAAGGUGAAGGGCCUGACUCCAGGGCAGCUCUGUUCUGAGGUGGAAGGUAGGAGUGGCUGGAAGGACUUUGGCACCCCUGGGCUAGGUAAAAUGUCUACUUUUUUUCAAAAGUGAUCAGGCACUAAUCUCUGGGAUUUUUAAGGAUUGCACUACAGAAGAAUGUAAAACUCUUCAAGCUUUCUGCACUUUUAGCAGACAGUGUCACUCUGAGACCAGUGCAAGAGGCAAAGAAGUUCCAACCUUUACAAAUUGGCACCAGCAGGCUUACGGGACUUAAUUCCACAAUAAAAAUCCUAAAAAGUCUCUCUUUUCCCUUCCAAAAGAACACACACGGCAGUUUCGGUUCCUUCUGGAAACAAACUCGUGCUUCAUUGUCUCACCUGUUACUAGCUAGUGCUGGCUUCCCAGCACUGGAAUAAACUUAGUUUCCAAGGGUCCAAGUCCCAGAGACUCCAGAGUCAUAAAGGCUUCAAGGAUAUUUUCCUGUAAUACACAAAACCUUUACGUCCUGUUACUGUAUAUAGGUCUCUUUCACAGAAACCUUAUUAUUCUGCUUUUGUAAAUGAAUUUUAAACCAUCCUAAAAAAACAAAAAAAAUCAAACUAAGAACUCUGGUAGCAGAGUUGAUAAGCUUUUGCUUUACUUUAUAUAAAAUACCCUUUGGCUCCUGCCCCAGGAUUCAGGAGUGGUAGGAGUCAAACAUGUAAAAGGUAGUAAAAACUUCAUUAUUAUCAAGACUUGGAAGGAUUUCUUGUCGGCCUCCUUCGUUGCAGUAGGUUGUAGAUGAGUAGCUUUGGUGUUAACUACUUAGUCCAUCAUUUGUGGGUGACAAAUCUAAAUUAGGACUCACGAGGAAGCCAAACCCAUCUCGAACUGCUAAUUUGAAACACUUUGGUCCUGUCUGGUUGAAAGAAGAUCCUAAUCCUCAUGGCUCCCCCCAGGGAAUUUGACGGCAUUAAAUGGGUGAGGCCUCCUCUGUAAAAGUGUCUGACAGAGAUAUUUGCAUCCUGUAAUUUGAGAGACACCUUUAAAGUCUGAAGCCUUGUUUACACUCGGAGGUAUUCCUUACACCAGGAUGAAUCCAUAGGAUUUGAGGCGGAGCAGUGGCUUGGGGAGCCCUCGGGGAGCAGGAGGGUUUGAAGCUGUGCAGAGCUGCCCCAGGAGAUGGGGCUGUGUCAGGGGGGAGCUCAGGGGACAGGAACAUUCUGGGCCAUCCCUGUGUCCCCUCUCUCCAGGGAACAUUCUGGGCCAUCCCUGUGUCCCCUCUCUCCAGGGAACAUUCUGGGCCAUCCCUGUGUCCCCUCUCUCCAGGGAACAUUCUGGGCCAUCCCUGUGUCCCCUCUCUCCAGGGAACAUUCUGGGCCAUCCCUGUGUCCCCUCUCUCCAGGGAACAUUCUGGGCCAUCCCUGUGUCCCCUCUCUCCAGGGAACAUUCUGGGCCAUCCCUGUGUCCCCUCUCUCCACGGGCAAUCCCAGCCUGGCGGGAUCUUGGGCACCGGGAGAGCCUCGGGAACGUGGGAGGGCAGAACCAACCCCAGCCCAGGGAGGGACCCAAAACCUGAAUUUGCAGAACAGUUGGUUUAAACAAACAAACAAACAAAGAUAUUUUUAUUGCUAUGCAAUAAGAACCCCCUGAUUUGUGUAUCCCCAGCCCAGCUCCCGCUCCCCGUUGGCUCUGCCUGCGUUCGAGGAGGUUCCCUGUGUUCCCAUGAACAACCUUCAGACCUACAACACUAAAGGGAUGAAAACUGACAAUGCAAUUUACUUUGCCUUAAUGAGCUCGAGACAAUGGUAGGAACAGUCUGUCCCACUGCAUCAUGCCCAAGGAAAACGUGCAGUUCCAUGUUUACUAUUUGCAGCUUUGAGGGUCUCUCCAGUGGCCUGGAACAUGUGCUGAAAGCCAAACUUAGUGUUAUUAUUAUUAUUGUUGUUGUUAUUAUUAUUUUCACUUUUUUUAAACAGUAUUUUAAAAUUGUAUUUAAAGAAACUGUAUUUCAACACACAUGUGAGUGUUCAAAACCCUCUUGAAACAGCAAAAAACAGCAGCAGCAGCAAAAAAAAGUCAUUUCUGUACCAGUUGUGUUUUGUUUUACUGCCCAAGGCUGGACACAGUUGUGUCUGAUCUUCAUCACAGAAAUAAUCAUAUCAAAAGGACUGUAAAACUGAACUUCUGUCCAGCAAAUUGUUUCAUUCCUUUCUCCAGAGCUUUCUUUAGGAUCUUUCCUGUGUGUAGUUAUGGCUGAUGUUUCCAGCAAACUGUUUCAUUCCUUUCUUUGGGAUUGUUUCCUUUGUGUCAAGUCAAGGCUGAUGUUUCUUCAAGUGGCUCGUGGCUGCAUUUGGAACGGUUGGGUCUGGGUUUGGAGUCAGAUCCAAGCCAGAAGGACCUGGAGGCAUCACGAGUGUCCAAGAGGAAAAUCUGGUGAGCCAGCAGCAACCUCAGAGCCUUCCCCAAAUCCCAGAGCUGGGGCUUCAGACCUGCCAGUGAACACCCUCCACUCUGUACCCACAACAACCAAAGUUGGUAAGUCCCAACAGAGCACCUUAAUUCCAUAGAAUUAUCCUUAAUCUGUUCUUCAAAGGCACAAAUCCAUCUCUUUACCCCUAAAAAGCAAGGCAGCUUGGGUUGGAAUAGUGGAGUUCCAGCUGCUGCCUGAAGGAACCAGUUCUUAAACCCUAUUUUUGUACAUUGAGAGAUGGAGAUUUCAAAGAAUGUUAUUUAGCUCUAUCUUUGUCCUGCAAGUAUAAAAAAGAAUUAGUUCUCUAGAUGGAUUUCACUGUGGAAUGGGAAUGAUUUUUCAGUGUAAAAGGGAAGGGAAUCCCCAGUCAUCCCUGCAGGGAAUCAGGGAGGAGCCUUUCCCAGGGGAGGGAGCAGCAGGUGCAGCAGUUCCAGCUGUGUUUGAUGAUGGAAAGACUCAAAAUAGGAUGGAAUUUCCAGCAAACUCCUCCUCACCCUGCAAAUUAAGCAUUAAUGAAUAUUCUGGGCUCAACCUUAAUGGGGAGAGCAGAGAGGGAGGAGAGGGAACUGAGAUACUGAUCAGAGGGUUCCACCCGACUUUUAUUGCAAACUACAUUGAACCGUUAUUAAAAUUUAUCAAAACUGGUUUUUAUUCAAACCAGCUCUGUCACACUCAGCUUUUUGUGAAACCUUUUCAUACCAGGGUCAUUAAAUCUUGGCAAAUUAAGCACCAGUCCAGCAGCAGGCCUUGGCCAUCCCCCCAGCUCCCCUUUCCUCGGGGGGCAGAGGGUGAGCCAGGCUGGGGCACCAGAGCCUCCCAAAAUCCUGGGGAGGGCAGAGCUGUGCCCGAGGGACCCUCGGAGGCUGGAUCUGGGCUGAACACCUGAAAAUGGGAUGAAUGUGAGCAAAUCUGGGCAGAAAUCCACGGAAUGGAGCGUUUGGGAGAGUAGGAAUCACUUUGGCUGGUUGAGGCCCCACAGCUCUUGUAAUAAAUAAACCCUUGGAAUUACCCAUUUGUUCCCCGAAAUUUUCCUGAUGUACACAAGAACUGUGUCGGUACUGAAGCAGAAAGCAAAUCCUGUGUGUUUUCAAGUGCAGAUUAACAGCUUCUCUUGGACAUAACUUUCCAUUAGGAAUGAAGGAAAUUCCUGCUCCAUUUGAGCCAUUUCUUUUACUUCGAUCACUUCUAGUAUUACAAAUUCUGCAUGUAACUUUAUAAAUAUUUUAAAUAGUUUUGUAAAUAUUUAAUAUUCAGCUAAUUUGAUUUUGAACUGUAAAUGUCAAGUAUUCUGGUAUUGGGAUUUUUAUGUUUUAUUAUACUUUGUUAAAAGUUAAAUUGUACAUUUUUAGAAUGUUUUUAUCUGAGUAAAUUUAAUGUAUGGAAAAUAAAGAGUUAAACAGAA